GCGGACCGGAGAAGACGCCGCGUUAUCCAUCUCUCCCGGGCGCGGAACUCUCUUUUUCCAUCUCACGCCAUUUCCCCGGGACGUUUAUUGAUGCUUCUCUUUAUUAACAGUUUUUUUUUUUCCCCCUUUUUUUAAGACGACCCUCUAGAGCUCUGCAGGUGCUCCUCUGCCGCCGGACCUGUUAGCACCUCCGGGAAACGAUCUGUCAUCAACGUGUUUGUGUGUGUGUGUGUGUUUGGGGAAGAGAGAGAGAGAGAGCCCAUUCCGCCUCGUACCUGUGCAAUUUCGUCGGGCGUUUUUUUGAAGUGCGGAAGAGGUGUGCACCGUAUGUCAGCAGUGGUGUUGUUGCGUCGGAAAUCUACUGACUGCAAGUGAUGCGUUGUUGCGUUAUUGUUGUUCUUCGAAACGAAACGAGUAUACCGUGAGAUAGACAUAAACCUCCCCCGCAUAUCAGUCAAACAAGUGAUGAGCGAAAGUGAUUUUUGGAUCGGAGGGGAAGAAUUUCAUACUUAUUGAUAAAUCGCUCCUUCCCUCGCAAGCUUUUUGGGAGAGAACUGGUUCAUUCCCCUCUCACAGCAGCAGCAGCAGCAGCACCGCCAGCAGGAAUACCUCACUGACACCUCCUGACGGAUUUCACCCUGCUGCGGAAGAUGUGAUGAUUGAUUUGGCCAGCUGGUUCACGCUGGGGAUGACAUACGAACACUGAAAAAAAUAAAUUACAAACAAAGCAAGCAUCCGAACAGGUUGGAAUCGAUGUUCGAUAGAUAGUUGCAAACGGACGAGAGAGUGUUGUGUGUGUGUGCUCGCACGAGAGAGAGAAAGAGUGAGAGAGAGCGAGAGACGGGUGGGAGAGAGAGAGAGAGAAUAUGCACCCAGGUUGAGUGAUGAUGUCAGACAAGAGAGUGAGCUAGAGAGAGAGAGAAAGAGAAGGGCAGAAUUAAUGGACGUAAGCCUCUGAAAUGUAUUCAAACACUUUCUAAUGAAUAAUUGACGCGAUGUGGAAACUGCCAUCCCUCUGUCCUAUGAGGAAAAGUCAACAGUGCUUGUAUAAAAUUGCUCUCUUUCCACAUGCUUUUUAAAAUGUCUUUUGCCUGGGGCCCGCUUUGAUCUCGUUUGAUUUCACUAAAGUCGAGAUAAAAAAAAAAAAACUUGAACGCUUGUAUACGUCGAUCUUAAAAGCCGAGGAGGAAUAAAUGAUUUAGCUUGUGAGAAAUCGACCGAGGAAAAAGUCGGGGUGCUCGUGAGAAUUGGUGAAUGGAAUCACUUGACAGUAAUUAUUUGCCAAAAAGGAAUUUUAGUGAAUGAAGUUUAAGGAUGUCUCACGUGACGCGUUUCGUCGCUCACCAUAAAAACCGGGUGUUGCAUUCGUAACAGUAUUCGUGACCUUUUCAAGAGCGCAUAUUCGAUUUGGGACACAGUCUCUCUUUCCCGUUGAAAUGGGAAGUGUAGAAAGGACUCGAUCAUGCUGUCAUGAGAGAUACAAGGAGACAGAAUGUCUCUCUCUUGAAUGGACAAAUUAAUGAGGACAUUUUAAUUAGUGCGAGAAUGUCUUUCAUCUCUGUCCGUUCAAUGUUUAUCUUUCGUUGUCACGAUGCCAAAAAGGAUUAGCUUGUAUUUUUUCGAGUUUGUUUUCCUUUCCGAUUCCACCCGGGGCUAGAAUGUCUUCAAGUGGAUUCUGUGAAUAGAGCCAUUUUAAAAUUAAUAUAGAGAUAUAUAUAAAUAUAUAUAAAGAGAUAUUGUUAUCAACUUUAUAUACUUGUUGAAGAUAUAUCGGUCAAUUCUACCUCAUUUCAACUCAGAGCGAAUGAGAUGCUUAAGAAAUAGAUGGAGCACUUUAAGAAAAAAAUACUGGAAUCAUCGGACGUGACGUGAGUAGACCAGCGUGCAAAGCGUGACGAAGGAAUUGGGCGCUCCUCAUCAUCAUCAUCAUCAUCAUAAUCAUUAUCGUCACUGUCAACAUCAUCAUUUCGUCCACGAUGGAUUCCACUUACUCCUCCCACCCGACCCUCCCCCUGUCCUCGGAGGACGAGCCCCCCCGCCACUACCACCACCAGCAGCAAAUCCCGCUGGAACUGAUCGAUUUCCAUCGGCCCUUCGAUAUCGAAACGCGCCUGGAUGACACCUCGGAGUUCAUCGAGUGUUGCCCCCUCGAUCACACCCCCACCCUCGGCAACAAGAUCGUGGUGGUGUCGUCCUCGUCUCCCAAUUCCGGAGGCCGACCCAACGGCCUCCCGUCGUCGGAGUUCUCCGAGGAGUGCGAAAUGGACGGAAGCUACACGGAGUUCGUCGAGACCCAGUGGACGAAGGGGGCCAGCAGUAGAAGCAGCGGGAGUACUGGCAGCGGCAGUAGCAGCAGUAGCAGUAGUAGCAGUAACAGCAACAGCAGCGAGGGGGACGCAGACAGCGACAGCAAACAGGAGAGCAUCGACGCCAUCCACGAGAUCCGGAGCGAGUCGGAGAGCGCGGUGGUGAGCGCGCCCUUGCACGGGCCCUCGGUGAAGUGCGUGUGUGUCUGUAACAAGAAAGGCUGUGAAUUUAUGAAUAAACCCUACGACACGCACAGCAUACGCGAAUCCCCCGUCAGCAGGAUGUCGGUGAGUUACAAGUUAUCCACCUGGUUGAGGUCGCUGACCCGCUACGGGAGAACUCGCUCGCCUUCCAUAGACCAGGUGGAUGCCUGCUCGAAAGUGCACCCGGAAAGGAAACUCCGAAUCAUUCAGCUGUUAAAAAAGAGGCCCUCGAAGGAGCAGACGGUCACGUGUGGGGGGGUCAAGUCCGAACCGAAGGCGCUCAGUGCCAUCCGCAGAUAUAUCCCGAAGAUCGCCAUCCGAAAAACCUCCGUCAGCUCAGAUGGGUCAGAGGAAACCCUGAGGUCGUGCGAAGUGUCGGUGCCAAGGACACUGGGGGUCCUCUUAGGCCUCUCCUUUAUCCUGUUAGGUGUGACGUACGACCACGGCGUUAAGCACGGCGUGGACGACCUCUUGCAGGACUGUUGGUCGUGGCUCAGGACUAGUUAUAUGAACUUCGGGGACGAAUUCGUGUCGUACAACAGCAUCUUCUUCAGGAUGACCAACACGGACGCCUUAUACGGGGAGCCGUACCCCAGGUACGGACCGAACAACACUAAAAAAGCCGUUUCGAAUCUCACGCAAUUCCAAGAGGCCAUCAAUAACGCCGAUCCUAGAUUUCUAUUCAUAUUAGAGGGUUUGAAAUUAUCCGUCCAAAUCAACUUUUUUAGCAUUGACGAGAACAGCGAGAAGCCGAGUUCGCGAGUGAUAGUGCACGAGAAGGGUCCGCUCUUCUUUAGGAUCUCCUUCAGGAGGACGUCGGGCCUCCAGAUAGACUACGUCCCCGAGAGGUCGAGGAUGACGCUGUCCACGCCCUUCCAGGUGUACGACCUGAUGAAGAUGAUCAUCCUGAGCAACGAACUGCCCUACUUCGGGUUCCACAUGCACGACCACCACAAGACCACGCCCAAGGCGCUUCUCACCAUGAUCAUCGACAACCUCAAGAAGUUCAAGGUCGACACCACCUUCCUCUCGAGUAUUCAGGCACAGAUUGAGAAGUCGAGGAUCAAGAGGUCCCCUACGGCGGCGGCGAGUUCGAACGGCACCUUGCCGAAGGACAUCAGGGAACCGACGGAGAGGCCCACCCAGGUCACCCAGGUGUCGAGGAGCCCCCCACCCACUUCGCCUGCCCAGUCCACGACAGCUACCUUAUACAGGCAGUCGGAAUCGGGCACGACGUUGCCUUACAACAACCAGAGCACACUCAUAGCUGCCCUCGAAAGAAUACGGAGGUCGACGGAGGAACCCACGCUAGUGAAGGCGUCGUGGAAGUCUCUCGAAGAAAUAUCAAGCAAAAUAUUCCUCCCUCUUCCUCUCGAUACGAAAAAGACCGUAUUACUCCCAGUGCCGUUCAUCAGGAGGAAUCUGACGCUGAAGUACAGGCAUCAGGUGAACAUGCUCGGCCUCCCGGGCUACCAAUUCAUUUUGGGCAACGACAAGGACAAGGAGGAGCCUCACGGGAAGCCCGAGCUGUACCCGUCCUUGAGCUACUCGAGGGUCAAGGAUGGGGAGGAGCUGGACCCCACCUCCAACCCCCACAUCCAGAGGCACAAGAACAACGAGCGAAAGAAGCACCACCGCCAUUCGAAGCACCAGACCUUCCUCGACGGCGACUCGCACAGGAACGGCUUCGACGAGGUCCUGGGCGUGGUCGACCUCGAGCCUUUUCUGCUGGAGACAAUCGGUAGGUUGCUGCUCAUGGGCCGUCACCUGGAGCACUACCCUUUCUGGCUAUCAGCUCCGCAUUUCCUCUCUCUCACCAGUCGCAUCAAACACGUUAACAAAACGCACGCUCCCCCCUCGGAGACUCUGCCAUCCACGAGUUCGUCAGCCAAGGUGCCGUCCCUCGAUCAGGGCAAGCCGAAGGACGCCCCUCCCACCACAAACGCCAACAACAUCCUGGUAGGAGUGGACGGUCUGGACGCCAACGAGUCCCGUCACGGAUCGUUCAUCUAUUACCAUCCGAUUUUAGGUGUCCCCAUCAACGCCUCCCUCGCCGUCCAGGUCGGUGUCCGCCCUCCGGAGGGAAUGCUCCACGCCCAUAAACUCGUGCCGAUCCUGUGGGCUCGCGCGCAGGUCGAGGAGAUCCCGGGGACGUUAUGGUAUAUCCUGUGGGCGGCUUGUCACCUGAGAGAGACCAUAAUGGCCAUCCUCAUCAUGACGGGUAUGUUCAUCAUCACCUGUUCGCUCACCUGUGGGAAGAAGGGUAAGGGGACGAGGGAAGGUCCAAACAGUGCCUAGGUUAGGUCAGACAAAUCAUUGAUCGGUUUCAAGCGAGAAAAUUAUGUCCGACAGUUGCGUACCAAGAAGAAGAAAAAAAUACAAAUACAUACAACAAUAAAACAGAGGAAUGAGGGGUGUUCGGGCGGGCACUCGACAAACACGCAGAGAUCGUUGCCACUUGCGAAAUAGAAAGAGAUUAUUUUUUUUAUUUUCUAAACGAUACUUUUUGCAAGAUGGCAGCUCACGGACUCAAGCAAGCACUCUAGUUGAAAGAGAGUAAAAAAAGAGAUAGAGAGCGUGACGACUCUAGCUGUUAAAAAAAGUAAAAAAAAAAAAAAAAAAAGUCUUCCCCUAAAACGUGUCUCGCUCGCUUGUGGUUGAAUACAAAUCACACAGUUUAUGAUUGGCCGAUUCUCUGAGACUUGUUGUUGUUGUUGUUGUUUUGAGGCUACGCCAGGAAAUCCAGCAGCCUUCAUCCGAGAAUUCGCAACAUCCUGCCUGCAACCCCCUCUGCUCUCGACGACGUCCUAGGAUGAGAGUAGGGCGUGAAAGAAGUCCUCGAAGAAGUCUUCCUAGGGACACGGACUGACAAUCAGUGCGAUCACGAAGCCUCCAAAAUUUCCACUGAACAUGACUCCCCCAGAGCCAGUUUAAGAAAUCACCUGUGUGGUGGCUUCGGUACAUCUGCCUACCACUUGCUGCUGUUGUCAUCGCUGUGCUGGUGCUGUUCACGUGCAUCGGGAAGAGGGACGCCUACUACGUCCGCUUCUGGUAACCAUGGCAACAUCCCGACGACUGGAGCCGGCCGAGGACGUCAGAACCAACGCAGUAUCGCUGGCUCGGCUCCCGUCCGGUGAUCAUCACUUCUCUUUCGUCUGAAGAUUGUCUUGUGGACUUGCACCUGAGAAACAGACAAAGCAAUAUAUGAUACUCAAAACGACAAUAAUCUGCUUUCAGCUGAUUUGAAAGAGUUAUAACACUGGGUUUGUCUUAGUUGAAACAAACUGUGUUAAUAAUUUCCAUGAUCUGAAAUUUACACAUAUCUAACUUCAUAUAUAACACUGGGUUUGUCUUAGUUGAUAAAAACUGUGUUAAUAAUUUCCAUAAUCUGGGUUUGUGUUAAUAAUUUCCAUAAUCUGGGUUUGUCUUAUCAACAGUUGAUAAAAACUUAAUAAUUUCCAUAAUCUGAAAUUUACAUAUCUAACUUCAUAUAUAACACUGGAUUUGUCUUAGUAUAACACUGGAUUUGUCUUAGUUGAAACAAACUGUGUUAAUAAUUUUCAGAAUCUGAAAUUUACAUUAUUACAACUGUAAUAUAACAUUGGGUUUGUCUUAAUUGAUACAAACUGUGUUAAAAAUUUCCAUAAUCUGAAAUUUACAUAGCUAACUUCAUAUAACAGUGGGUUUGUCUUAGUUCAAACAAACUGUGUCAAUAAUUUCCAUAAUCUGAAAUUAACAGAUUUGUAACUUGUUAUAUUAUAACAUUGGGUUUGUCUUACUUGGGUUUGUCAUCAACUAUGUCAAUAAUUUACAGAUUUGUAACUUGUUAAAUAACAUUGGGUUUGUCUUAUUUGUAGAAAACUGUGUCAGUAAUUUCCAUAAUCAAGCUAAUGGGUUCUGUUUGAAAUUUAAGAAUUUUACUAUUGUGUCAAAAUGUUUUAAA